CUCGAGGGUACUGAGUUGGUUGAGGUCACCAAAUCAAAGGUGAAGUUGAUUCGAGAGAGACUCAAAGCGGCUCAGGAUAGACAAAAGAGUUAUGCAGAUAAGCGUCGAAGAACCUUAGAGUUUAAGGUUGAUGACGAGGUAUUCUUGAAAGUUUCUCCUUGGAAAGGGAUCAUUCGGUUCCAAACCCGAGGAAAACUUAACCCACGAUAUAUAGGUCCAUUUAGGAUUAUAGAGAGGAUUGGAGCCGUUGCAUAUCGUCUACAGUUGACUCCUCAGUUAGAGAAGAUACAUAAUGUGUUUCAUGUAUCCAUGCUUAAGAAGUAUGUGCAUGAUCCUUCUCAUGUGUUGGAGAAGCCGCCCGUGGAGGUACGUGAAGAUUUGAACUAUGCCGUGCAACCGGUAAGAGUUAUUGACAGAAAAGUGAAGAAACUGAGGAGUAAAGAAGUUCCAAUGGUUAAAGUCCUUUGGAAAAGUGACCGGGUCGAAGAAGAAACUUGGAAAACAGAAGCUUUGAUGAGGAAGCAGUAUGCAUUCCUAUUUGAGUAGAGCUGUGAAUUUCGGGGACGAAAUUCCUGUUAAGGGGGGGUGAACUUGUGACACCGCUCCCGAAGGUCCUUGAAAAUUUGAUUUAAAAUUCAAAGUUUAUGUAUUGGAUUUCUGAUUCCCAAACAUUUGUUAAACGAUUAAUGUUUUACGUAAUUAAUGACCGAUUAUUAUACUGUUCGAACUCGUAUAUUAGUAUCGGGCUUGCGAAUACUCAUUUUGGGCCCAACCUGCUAAAAAUAGCAAGUAUUCGAGAAUGGCGUUCUGGAUCCACUCGGGGGUGACCCACACGGCUAGUAGCCCAAUAAUAUGUAUGACAAAUGUCAAAUAAGUGAUAGGAUGAUUAAAGAAGAAUACAAAUGCCUAUAACCCCACCUUUGGCCUUAUUGAGCUAAAUAAUGGGAGUAGGAUUUUCCUUCUAUAAUAUCUAUCAAGUAAAUUAUUGGGAUGAGCCUACACAUAUUGGAGAUCAAUAAUGUGAUUUGAGAAGUUGACUUGUUCUAAAUAAAUUAGGAUGAGUACAAAAAGACAUCUUUUGACAAAGAUAAAACAAUAGGACCCAUUUUCCCCAUUUUUGGAAGUAUUGGUAGAUAAUUUGGAUCCCAAAAUAAUUGGGAUCAAUUGGGAACCACUCCACAUGAUAUUAGUACCUGCAAGACAAAUACAAAUGGGUUAGGAGACUUACCUUGGCCGGCCAUUAUGGAGAAGAGCUGCACAUGACUUGAUAAGAAUCAAAGUUUGGGGCCACCACUCUUAUUUUCGCACAAAUUGGUGUGUUGUUUGUCUCCUCUCAUUAUAGGAGCUAUCCUCAACCAAAUAACGUGUAUGAGGUGUCCUUGGAUAGCUUUUGAAGUCUAUUUUUAUAAUUGAGUGGUCUCAGUUCGAGAGGAGAGAGUAAUCAUCCAAAAAUCGAUCUGGAACGAGCAGUGGUCUGUGAACUCGAGCUGUGAGAGUGCUGAGACUGUUUGGUUGAUAUCUCGAGUUUUACCAAUCCAAUUAAGGCGUGUGAGAUACCAAAAGAAAGCUCUCAAGACGAGGAAUCCGUGAAGGUCUGGUUUGCAUCAAUCGGAGUAGAGGAAGGCUUCCAAAUCGUCCGAGCAGAACGCGACCUCGCAGGGACGGAUUUACUCUUCUAAGAAACGAGUUAACCGGAAAACACCCGUUCUAGGGGCUGUUUUCGUAUCAACGAUUAAGGGUUGAACUAGCACUUGGAGGAGGCUGUUUAACACUCAUAUUUGAGCAAGGAAUCGGUUCCAAAUCCACCUUGACCAAAGCUUUGACCAUUGGACCAAGAAGGGAAAGUUUAAAGCUCAAUUGAGGUUGAGGCUAGAGCUUGCUUCCUGUGCUCGUUGCCCGAGUGAUUUCCCCGGAGAGAAGACUUGGUUCGUGCUUCCUCCAUUCUGUUUUAGAACAUUAAUAAACAUGCUCAUGGAUAUUUUACUUUAGAGCCUGCGUGCUCACGUUUGCCCUGUGUGGCCCUUUUGUUUUAAACAAUGUUUUCCGCUGCGUAUUGAAUUGCUUAUUAUGUAUGUUUAUGGAUGACUUAUGUGUGAAUGAUAUUCAUGACGCCUUGUAUAAUAUGAAUGUGUUGGACUGCGGUUGACUAUUCGUAUUGUACGGCGGGUUGUUGACGUGUCCGGAGAGGUCCGGGGCGUGACAUGUAACCCUAAGUUAC